UUCACUCUAGUUUGUAUAUAUUGAUAAAAUCAGUCUGCUUUCAAGUCUCAUUGUUUUUCUCGUACAAAAAUAUCAAUGAAAUGCAUUAAUAAUCAAUGAAAUAUUAAUAAUAAAAGUGUGUGUUAUUAUCGAAAUAUUAUAUUAUCCAAAUAUUUGAACGAGGCACAAUUGAUAAGUAUUAUUUAAAACAAAAAUUUGUUUGUCUCUGUGUGUCAACAUAACCUCAAAAACGAAAGGAAAAUCUAAAUCAGCUGACAAACACGUUUUUUGUUGGCAUUGACAAAUAAUAUUUCCUUGAAAUUGAAAAAUUUUAAAUCCCAACAAAUUCGUCGAGAGUUGCUAUCAAUUUUUCGAAACAAUUCGACGAAAGUCACGGGCAUGUUGUGCAAUUCGAAAUCAAUGUUUCCCAAUCAACAAGUUGUUUUUGUGUUUAGUGAACGUUUUGCACUUUGGAAACAAAAUAAAGUGAAAUAGUGUUUAAUUUUUGAGGACAGUAUUUUUUUGUUUCUAAAUUUGGGACUUUUUUUCGAACUAUUAAUUUUGUUUGUCAAGUUUCAUCAAGUUACGCAAUAAUUUAUUAGUCUCGUUUUUUUAUUUGACAGGGAUACGACGUUUGAGAAAAGGGAAAUUUGAUCUUUUUUGUAAAAGAAAGUUUAUUUUUUCGGUUUGAUAGUUUGAAUAUUAUUAAAUAUGAGACUAAUCGGUUCGGAGAAAUUGCAAGAAUUGCAAAGGGAUCCGAGGAGAAUUCGUAAUAUUUGCAUUUUGGCUCAUGUGGAUCAUGGGAAGACGACAUUAUCGGAUUCGUUGGUCGCGAGCAAUGGGAUAAUAUCGAAUAAAUUAGCGGGGAAAUUACGUUAUUUGGACAGUCGUCCUGAUGAGCAGCUUCGGGGCAUUACGAUGAAAUCGAGUUUGAUAAGUUUGUAUCAUUUGUUUGAUAGUGAGGAAUUUUUGGUAAAUUUGAUCGAUUCGCCGGGACAUGUGGAUUUCGCCUCGGAAGUAUCGACGGCCGUUCGUUUGUGCGAUGGGGCAAUUGUUGUUGUUGAUGUUGUCGAGGGUGUUUGCCCGCAGACGCGUAGCGCUCUCGCGAUCGCGUAUGUCGAGGGUUUGAAACCAAUUUUGGUGUUGAAUAAAAUUGAUCGGCUGAUUAUGGAAAUGAAAUUAACUCCUCUCGAUGCGUAUGUUCAUAUGACUCAGGUUUUAGAGCAGGUUAACGCGGUCACGGCGGAAUUGUUUACGAGCGAUAUUUUGGAGCGUGAGGAGAAGGAAAUUAACACGAUUAUCGAGAGUGCGACGAAUUGCGAUUUAUCCGAUUGGCAGUCGGCGCUUGAGGAGGCUGACGAUUCGCAGCUGUAUUUCUCGCCGGAGCAGGGUAAUGUUCUUUUCACCAGCGCCGUGGACGGUUGGGGGUUUGGUAUUCGCGAAUUCGCGAAAAUCUACGCUGAGAAAUUGGGAUUUAGUGAGGGAGUUUUGAUGAAAACGCUCUGGGGUGAUUACUAUCUGAAUGGAAAGUUGAAGAGGAUUUUUAAAGGCGCGCAGGAGAAGGCGAAGAAGCCGCUGUUCGUUCAGUUGAUUCUGGAGAAUAUUUGGAUAAUGUACGACACGGUUGUGAUAAGAAAGGACAAGGAUAAAAUUAGCUCGAUGGUCGAGAAACUUGGGAUUAAGUUAACAACCCGAGACUUGAGACACACGGAUGCGAAAUCGCAGUUGCAGGCUAUUUGCAAUCAGUGGCUGCCUUUGGCCCGGGCCUGUUUGAACGGAAUUUGUGAGAAGAUACCAUCACCCGACAAACUCACCGAGGAGAAGAUCGAACGUCUCAUGAGCGGCACGACGGAUUUCGCGACCUUGCCACCCGAAACUCAGCAGCUGAAGAAACACUUCCUGGCCUGUGAUUCCUCACCCCAGACGCCGAUUAUAGUCUUCAUUUCGAAAAUGUUCACAGUCGAUGGGAAAUCCCUGCCGGAAAAUAAGCCCAAACCAUUGACACCCGAGGAAAUGGCCCUGAGACGCGAAAUCGCGAAGCAACGACUCGCCGAACGUACCGAGCAAGAAACCCUCCACCAACAACUUCCGUCCAGCGAAUCGGAAAUACCCGAAGAGUCCGAGAAUAAUCUGAUAGCUUUCGCUCGUGUCUACUCUGGAAAAUUGAAACCCGACAGUGAAGUCUAUGUCCUGGGACCCAAACACGACCCAAGGUUGAACAAAACAGAAACGGAAAUUCCCACCUCCCUCAAGGAUUUGAAACCCGGACGACACGUGACGAAAUUCACCGUCAAGAAACUCUACCUCCUGAUGGGUCGCGAAUUGGAAACGCUGAACGAGGCACCAGCGGGGAAUUUGAUCGGAAUCGGAGGUCUCAAGGACCAUGUUCUGAAGACCGCGACCCUCUCCACAUCCCUGGCUUGUCCCUCCUUCUCCGAACUCACGUCACUCACGGUGCCAAUUCUCCGGGUCGCCCUCGAGCCAAAACAUCCCAACGAUCUUCAAAAAUUAAUCAACGGCCUGAAACUCCUGAAUCAAGCCGACGCCUGCGCCUUGGUCCACAUACAGGAAACUGGUGAAAUUGUUCUCAACACCGCCGGGGAAGUGCAUCUCGAGAGAUGCUUGGAAGACCUGAAGCUUCGAUACGCAAACGUCGAGGUCAAUGUUUCGGAGCCAAUUGUCUCGUUCCGUGAGACUUGCGUUCCACCGCCAAAGCACGAUUUGAUGAAGGAGCUAAUAAGUCAAAAAACAGAGGAAGCUAGUCUUGAAACUUGGACUCCGAAUCGUCAGUGUUAUUUUGAAAUUGACGCGAAACCAUUGCCUGAUAAUGUGACGAAAUUAUUGGAAAAAAAUGCCGAUCUUAUUAAAUUGUUAGAUCAAAAUUGUCAUGAAACUGUUGAUACUGUUGAGGAACAACUUGAAAUUCAGAAUUUAACGCUAGAUUCGAAAAAUUUGUUGAGUAAGAAAAAUCAUUCUUUGGAAGUAUUUAAAACAGAAUUGAAUGAUGCAUUUAAGGAAGCUGGAUGGAAUGAGACUUUGGAGAAAAUUUGGUCAUUUGGUCCAAGAAAAUGUGGACCGAAUAUUUUACUCAAUGAGACGGAUUUUAAGAGUAGUGUUUUCACUGAUUCGGAAAGUAAAUCGUCUGAUAAUAGAGCUGUAUACGAGAACAGUAUGAUCAAUGGUUUUCAAUUGGCAACGUUUGCUGGACCACUUUGUGAAGAGCCAAUGAUGGGUGUUUGUUUUGUCGUCAAAAAAUGGGAGAUUUAUGAAGAUUCUCAAAGUGAAAGUGGAAGUCAAAGUCAAGGACAUCUAGGUGGACAUUUAAUGUCAGCUUGUAAGGAAGCUUGCAGAAAAGCAUUCAGCCUGAGGAGACCUCGUUUAGUGACCCCGAUGUACUUCUGCAGUGUACUCGUUACUUCCGACGUAUUAGGCAAGCUGUAUGCUGUUUUCGGAAGAAGGCAAGGAAGAGUGAUAGCGGCUGAAAAUGCAUUGGGAUUUGGCGGACAGUUUCGUGUUGUUGCGACGCUACCUGUACCGGAAAGCUUUGAUCUUGCCACGGAAUUAAGGACCCAGACUUCCGGAUUGGCGAGCCCUCAACUUGUUUUCAGUCAUUGGGAGGUUAUCGAACAAGAUCCAUUUUGGGUACCAUCGACAGAGGAGGAAUACAAGCAUUUUGGGGAAAAAUCUGAUUGUGGAAAUCGCGCGAAAAAAUACAUAGACGCAGUUCGUCGGCGAAAAGGACUUCCAGUUGAUUCUCAACUCGUCAUGCACGCUGAGAAACAACGAACUCUUAAAAAAAAUAAAUGAAAUAGACAAAAAAAUAAUUGAAAAAAAUACAUUAACGAAUUUAUUCUCAAUCACAACUUUUGUUUUAAAAGAAUCUCUAAUACAAUUCAUAAAUGAAAUAACUACCGAUUGUUUAAAAAAUUCAAAUAGAAUACUACUUAUUGCUUCAAUAUUACAUGGAAAGCUUGCUGAAAUAUUGGCUGAUACUGCUAAAAAUUUCAUUUUAUGAUGUUGAUACAUAUUGUAUAUUAAUUUAAUAUAAUAAAAUUAUAAGCAACAAGCUUUCUAUAAGUAGUAAAUUUGGAAGUUAGCAACAAGUUUGCUUGCCGCAAACUUUCUCCAAGAUUAUAAGUCUGAGAAGAUUCUUUCAAAUUUUGAUGAUUCAUUUUGCUUUAUUUUAAUAAUUUUUAAUAAAGAUUUUAAUUAAUUAGAAAAUAAAUUGAAUACAACAUGUUAACAUUUAAAA